GCUCAGGUGCGGCGGCGGCGGCGGCAGGAUGUCGUGCGGGUACUUCCAGCACCGGGGGGUGACGUUCCCGGGGCUCCUUUACUCCCCCCGGGGCCUCGAGGCCGCCCGAGAAUUCCCCGUGGAGGACGACGACGUCUUCAACGUCACCUACCAGAAAUCCGGGACGGUGUGGAUGCUGGAGAUCCUGAGCCUGAUCCUGCGUGGGGGUGACCCCUCCUGGUGCCGUUCGGUGCCCAGCUGGGAGCGCGGCCCGUGGCUGGAGACGCUCCCGGGGCUGCGCCGCGCCCGGAUCAACGCGAGACCGAGAAUCCUCAGCUCCCACCUGCCCGCGCCGCUAUUCCCGAGGGCGUUUUUUAAUUCCAAGGCCAAGGUGAUUUACACGGUGCGGGACCCCAAGGACGUCCUGGUGUCCCUUUUCCAUUUCUCGCGGAUUUUCCGACCCUACAAAGACCCCGGGAGCCUCCCGGAGUUCAUGGAGAAGUUCCUGCGCGGAGACGUGCCCUUCGGCUCCUGGUUCCAGCACGUCCGGGGGUGGCUGCAGCUCCGCGGCCGCGACAAUUUCUUCUGGAUCAGCUACGAGGAGCUGCAGCAGGACCUGCGGGGCAGCGUGGAGCGCCUCUGCUCCUUCCUGGGCCGGCCGCUGUCCCCGGCGGCGCUGGACGCGGUGGUGGCCAACGCGUCCUUUGUCACCAUGAGCCACAACCCCAUGAGCAACUUCAGCCUCAGCCCCACCUUCAUCCUGGACCGGCGGCGCGGCCCCUUCCUGCGCAAGGGGAUCUCGGGGGACUGGCGGAACCACCUGAGCCCGGAGCAGAGUCGGCGCUUCGACCGCGUUCUACCGGAGCAGAUGCGGGGCUGGGGGUCUCCUUCCCCUGGGACCCCCAAAUGAGGGGGUGGACCCCCAAAAAUCCCCCCAGGAACC